AAGAGCAGACGAGAUGACCAGGGGCUGAAGGAGCGGGACCUAUCAGCUCAGGCUGAUGGGAUUGGGGCGGACUCCGCCGCCCUCCGCACUUCCGGCGAGCAGAGACCUGUUGGAAUGCGCCUGCGCGCGUGGGCUUGGGGCUCUAAGUGGCAAGUUGUGGAGGGCGAGAUUGAAGUUUAUUGAAGUCUUUUCCGGUGCAGUCCCCAGCUACAGUACACCAAGGGCAGGAGGACUAUAAGUGAAACCCAUCUCCUGCAUCCCUGCACAGGGGAUCAGGUUCACGUCCCACACAUCAGGAGGCGGGGACUAACGACUUUCUGAGCCCUACCUGAGCUACUAUCGCCAGCUGGCCAAUCUGAUGUGUGUCACCCAGCAUGGAGUGCGCCUCACCGCAGCGCCAUGGACCUCUGCACCUUCCUCUUCAGCUACCUGUUGCCGGUGCUGUUUCUUGGCCUCACCUAUGCGCGCCCUCUGCGCUACCUCUGGCGCACUGGCGACCCCGUGGCUGUGGGAUCUGGUGCUCGACGCACCAAGGGCAAGGUGGUUCGGCUGCUUCCCGCUCACUCGUGCUGCUUAAUCGCUUCCUAUUGUCUGGUCUCCUAUGCCAACUCCUACGGAAACCCCACCAUCUACGUGCUGGUCUCCAAGCACUUCCGCAGGAUCUGCGUGUGCCUGUUGGAUGGUACUCCGCACUACGCCUCUGGCCGCAUGUGUGUUGCGGCACCGGCACCGGGCACCCACAAUGGCAGCGGCUGAAGUGUGAGUCCACACCUAAGUGAAGUGGCUGGGGCGCCAUGACUCUGCCCAUCAUAGAGCCCAAACGCUUCCAAGACCCUGAUCAUGAACAUGACCUCAAGCCUCACAACACUUGGCUUGUAACCUUGGUUGUUUACAGGGUUGAAGUCAGAGGGUGGGGCUCGGGGAAAGAGUUUCAUCUUUUUUUUUUUUUUUUUUGUCUUUUUCCUUUUUAUCGGUACCGGGGAUCGAACUCACGACUGCCUGCUUGCAAGGCAGGCGCUUAUGCCGCUGAGCUAAAUCCCCAGGCCCCGAGUUUCAUCUUUUUUUUUUUUUUUUUUUUUUUUUUUGGUCUUUUUUCCUUUUUAUCGGUACCGGGGAUCGAACUCAUGACUGCCUGCUUACAAGGAAGGUGCUUAUGCCGCUGAGCUAAAUCCUCAGCCCCCUCGAGUUUCAUCUUUUAAUAAAACGCACAGACCAUGUCACCUGCAGUGACAUGCUCUGUCCAAAUAUCACACUGUCAUGAAAACCCAUGAGGAAAAGCCUCUGGGACUUCUCCAGGGGUUCCUGAUGGAUGGAUGAAGGGUACUUUUUGAGCUAGGGGAAAGGGAAUGCCCACACUUCCUUCGGCAGGUUUAAAGUGAAAAUGCCUAUCUGGAGCCAGGGAGUGGGGAUCACCACACCCUCUUUACACACGGUUGUUGGAGGCACUGGGUAUACAUUGAUUGCUGAACCUUCAGCCAGUGCAUGCAACAGGGGCAGGCGAAGUAUUUAAGUAUUCAGUAAAGUCCGAGACAGAUGAGAGCACUCUAUGUGUUCUGGUUGCAUUC